UAAACAAAACACAGGAACAGCUGAGAGGAGGCGCUGCUUGGGGAAGAAGCAUCAAUAAAACGCCAUUUUCCGCGGGUCUAUCCACUGUGCAGGGCUUUUAUACGUUUAUAUUUCUUCUUCGCGCUACGUUCACUUAGUCAUUAUGAAUAACCAAGUCAAACCAUUCAGGGAAAGGAGGAGUUUCGCCCAGAGACAGCGAGAUGUGGAGCAGAUACGAGAGCAGCACCCCAACAAGGUUCCUGUGAUUAUUGAGCGGUAUCCUGGGGAGAGGCACCUUCCUCUCCUUGACAAGACCAAGUUCCUUGUGCCAGAUCACGUGACAAUGGGGGAGCUCGUCAAGAUCCUAAGGCGUCGUCUACAAUUGCACCCAACCCAAGCUUUCUUCCUCCUGAUUAAUCAGCGUGCUUUAGCUAGUGUCUCAAAUACUUUGGCUCAGGUAUACGAACACCACCACCAUGAGGAUGGAUUCCUGUACAUGGUGUACGCUUCUCAGGAGGUGUUUGGUCAAUGAUGCUCGUGACGCAAGUUGGAUAAUCAUCCAUGCUCUUUAUGAUUGGAGAAUGAACUGUUGCUUUCCAUAGGAGGUCCAGACACUUCUUCAUCUUCCUCUUUUAUUCUUCUUCACCUUCUUCAUCUCUUCAUCCUUCCUUCUUUUAUUAUCACAGUGAAUGGACUAAGAAAAUGGAGAGUGAUUAUUUUUUUCUCUUUGUUUAGGAUUACGGCAACACUACAUGAUAUUCUGUGUGUAUAAAAUCUACAGCAUAUGAGUGAUUUGAAGGAUAUACUGUCUAUGAGUGUUAGUGAAUGGUAUCCAUGGGUUAGCGAUUAGAGAACUGUAGUUCUUAAUAAAUGAAGAAGAAAGUGGUUUUGAAAUGAUGUUACACAAGGAAUUUCUCAAGUGCACUUGUGUCAUAAUAAACAUUUUUGAAAAUUGGUGCAUUUAGUAAUUGUAACUCUAGGAAUAUUUAUUUUUAUCUUUAUUUUACCUCAUGGUAUAUUCCCACAUCUAUUUUAUGUACAAGCUGCAGAUAUAUGUUAUGUAAUAAAAUUAAAAUAUGAAAUACUGGUAUAGAGAAUCAAAUAUCAACAAUAUCAAAUUAGUUAUUGGAAAUAUUAUAAAAUUUCAGUUAAACAUAGGCUCCAAAUGAAAAAGAAAUAUUUUAUAUUUGACUAGUUCUAACUGCCUAACUAUUACAAUGACAGCUAUCGUAUGGUAGUUUGAUACACAUUUUUUUUUUCCAUCGCUUUCCAUCUUUAUUACAUUGAGUUGACAAAAAUAUUAAUUCCACCACAUUUCUCCCCCUCCCCCCCCCCAUAAAGCCUAUUGCUUCAUUCAUUAUUAUUUUGCUGUAGUUAGCACCAGGUUAUAUUAUCUUUGCUCUGUUUACUGUCAUUAAUUAUCAGAGAUGACAGGUCACACGAAGUCAGUAAAUGUCAUUUUUGCCGGCUUUUCUCCAUUCUCUAAGAAAACCAAGAGUGUAUAUUAGUUAUUUUACCAGCUCAUUCUUAUAUAUUUUUAAGUUAGUCAGUGAACAUCAUGUUUUUGUUGUAUCAAUAAGUUUUUUUUUUAGAGUUGAGUUCAGAUCUGUUCACAGCUUUCUCAUUCUGUACUUAAUGCUUUGCUAUAUAAGGGGAGAAAUAUGUUAUUUCUUUGAAGGGGAUCUAAGAAAUCUGACUUGCGACUGUAUUUGAAGGAAUUUUUCAUGCCCAUUUCACCUGAGGAGCAAGAAGGAAUGCAGCCUAUUCUCCUCUUGAAUCUUUUAACAUUUGCAACUUUGUUUUCUGAUGAUAGGAUCUCAGUAACUGCUAAGUGUUCACUUGAAGGUCAAAUUUAUACCAUAGCAUUUGGACUGUCCAAUCACUAGUACUUCCAUGAGUGUAAUGAGAGAAUGGAAGGCAUGAUUAUGGAAUGUGGUGUUAUUUUAAUGUUAUCUGUAUGGUACACAUUGCUGUACAUUACCCUUCGUGGGAGGUAUUAAGCAGGCAUUGUAGAAUCUGUUUUGAAGUUAUCGUUAAGAAACAAAGACUUGCUUCUUGUUAUGUCAUCAUGGUCAAGUUGUCCAAGAACUAUAACUGUGGACAAGAUGUAGACCUGUUCAUAAACUUGAGUGUUCAUCAUAUAUAUAUAUGUAUAAUCAGAUUGGAACAUUGUUUUACUGAAGUUGUUAGUGUGGCUGUCUAUCAUGCAGGCUUUUUCCAUAGCAUUAUUUAUUGGAUCUUGUUAUUCAUCAUUCUGUGUGAGGAAACUCCAAAUGCAGCCUUAUGUUCACUUCAUACUAUCAGUAGUAUUUUAUCCAUUUGCAAUAAACAGCUUUAUUUUCUUCUUUCUCUUUCUGAGUUUGUAAGUGUAGUGCAAGUACUGCAGAAUUAUGAACCCUUUUUGGUUUAACCAUUUAUGUGGGUAUAAAAUAAAUUUACUUUUUAAGUUAAUACUUUGGACUGGUAGUACAUCCUGGUUUGUAUGGGUACCGAAAAAAUGUAUAAAAAAAAUAUAUAAAUCUAUAAAAUGAGAUGUAAAAAAUUACAUUAGGAAGAUAUAUCCAUACAUUUAGUGUUCAGAAGUUUAUAGGCAAGACUUUGGUAUUGGGCUUUCAGUGCUCAUGUUGGCAAAGGUCUUUCCUGUGUCUAGUCUAAGCAUGGAGUUGGGCAUAACAUCAGUAUAUUGUAUCUACCCCUUGAUUUUAUUUUAGUUUUACUUAUUUAUUUUUUAUUUUUUGCUUAAGCAGUGGCGUGUAUUUUGUAUGUUCGAAGUGUAGUAGAGUUUGUAGACCAGACAAUUUUUUAUAUAUAUUUUUUUUAUUAUUGCAUUAUUCAGUGUGUUCACAGUUUAACCUAUUUGAUUAUUUCAAUUAUUAUGGAUAUUUGUUUCUGUAUCAUGAAGGUUAAUUUAAUACAUUGGGGCCCAGGGUAUUGAGCCUAAGGGUGAUGACCCUCGGUUUUGCUGAGAAGUUCAGGCCCAGCAUCGACAUGUUUUGUUGGUCUUUCAUAGUCAUUUUUAAGAGGUUUAACAUUUAGAUGUAAAUAAAUACAUUGGAAUGAUUCACAAUAUUCAAAUCCAGCUAAAGAAAUAUAUGUUUUUUAUACUGUA